CUAACUAACUAAGUAGAUCGCGGGAACGAAACCAUGGCAGUGACGGCUGCAGAGUCGUUCGUAGAAAUUAAGGUUCCUCAGCAGAAGCUUUUCGAUGGAGUUUCUUUCCCGGCUGUACUCUCUCCUCCUUCUUCUUCAGCAACUGUUCUUCCACUUACGCGCUCCAUUAAAGCCCAUAAGCCCUACUUAGAAUCGUUGCUUCUGAAAUCGGGUGCUCUGCUUUUUAGGGGAUUCACCGUCAACACCGCCUCCGACUUCAACGACGUCGUCGAAGCCUUCGGCUACGACGAGCUUCCCUACGUUGGUGGCGCCGCCCCUCGCACCAACGUUGUUGGUCGUGUCUUCACCGCCAAUGAGUCCCCACCCGAUCAGAAAAUCCCUUUCCACCAUGAAAUGGCCCAGGUUCCGGAAUUUCCUUCAAAGUUGUUCUUUUUCUGUGAAGUGGAGCCUGCGAGUGGAGGGGAGACACCAAUAGUUCUGAGCCAUGUUGUGUAUGAAAAUAUGAAGAAGAGGUACCCUGAGUUCGUUGAGCGGUUAGAGGAGCAUGGAUUGUUGUACAUAAGGGUCUUAGGUGAAGAUGAUAACCCUUCUUCUCCAAUUGGCCGUGGCUGGAAAUCAACCUUCUUGACCUCAGAUAAGACCAUAGCUGAGCAAAGGGCUACUAAACUGGGAAUGAAGUUGGAGUGGUUGGAAGAUGGGGUGAAAACAAUCAUGGGUCCAAUCCCAGCAGUGAAGUAUGAUAAGAGCAGAAACCGGAAGAUAUGGUUCAAUAGCAUGGUGGCUGCAUACACUGGCUGGGAGGAUGAAAGGAAUGAUCCUGUGAAGGCUGUUACCUUUGGUGAUGGCCAGCCAUUACCAUAUGAUGUAGUCUAUGAUUGUCUCAAACUACUUGAGGAAGAAUCUGUUGCUAUUCCAUGGCAGAAAGGAGAUGUUCUCUUGAUUGAUAAUUGGGCAGUUCUUCAUUCUCGUAAAUCAUUCAUUCCACCGCGCAGGGUGUUAGCUUCACUUGUUAAAUAAGGUUGUAUUUUGAUAUUAGCUAUAAUGUAUCACAAUAUUCCACUAUCUGUGACACCCAUUAAUGUAUUUAAUAUUUGUAGUCUCACGUCAAUAUGAAGGUGUAUUAUUUACCAA